UUUCUCCACUUUUUUCCAUCCCCUUUCUUACCUCAGUACUAAACAACCAAACAUGGCGAUUCAUACUUCCACUCUCUCCGUCUCCAUACUUGUAAUGCUCAUGUUCUCCGCCGUAUCAUCAUCGGCGGAGGAUAUGUCCAUUAUAAGCUACAACGAAAAACAUCACACGAACGGCGAGUCAACGGUCUGGCGAACAGACGAUGAAGUCAUGUCUUUAUAUGAAUCUUGGCUAGUUGAACAUAAAAAAGUGUACAACGCCUUAGGAGAAAAGGACAAACGGUUUCAGAUCUUUAAAGAUAACCUUAGAUACAUCGAUGAACAUAACUCUGUGCCUGACAAAAGUUACAAGCUGGGUUUGACUCAGUUUGCUGAUUUGACCAACGAGGAGUACAAGUCCAUCUACUUGGGUACUAAGCCCGAUGGUCGUAGCAGGUUGUUAAAUACCCAAAGUGACCGUUAUGCCCCUAAGGUCGGAGAUAGUUUGCCGGAUUCCGUUGACUGGAGGAAGAAAGGUGUUCUUGUUGACGUCAAAAAUCAAGGGCAAUGUGGGAGUUGUUGGGCUUUCUCAGCAGUUGCUUCAAUUGAAGCAGUAAACAAGAUAGUGACAGGUAAUCUGAUCUCGUUAUCCGAACAAGAGCUGGUAGAUUGUGAUACCUCCGACAACCAAGGCUGCCAAGGGGGUCUAAUGGACGAUGCCUUUAAAUUCGUCAUUAAAAAUGGAGGAAUAGACACUGAAGAAGACUACCCUUACAAAGCCAAAGAUGGAAAAUGCGACCAAGCAAGGAAAAAUGCCAAGGUUGUCACCAUCGACGGGUAUGAAGAUGUUCCUGAUAAUGAUGAAAAGGCACUGAAAAAGGCCGUUGCUGGUCAACCCGUCAGCGUUGCUAUCGAAGCUGGUGGCAAAGACUUCCAGCACUAUAAAUCGGGUAUCUUUACCGGAAAAUGUGGUGCAGCAGUGGACCAUGGUGUGGUUGCAGUAGGAUAUGGUAGUGAAAAUGGCGUGGAUUAUUGGAUCGUGAGGAACUCAUGGGGUGCUUCGUGGGGAGAAAAUGGCUACCUCAGGAUGCAGCGGAACAUUGGCAACCCCAAGGGUUUGUGUGGUAUUGCUACAAUUGCUUCUUACCCUGUAAAGACAGGCCAAAACCCCCCAAAACCAGCUCCAUCUCCUCCAUCACCAGUCAAGCCACCCACUCAAUGUGAUGAUUAUAACGAAUGCCCAGCUGGAACGACGUGCUGCUGUGUCUACGAGUACUAUAAAUACUGCUUUGCUUGGGGUUGUUGUCCCAUGGAAGGAGCUACUUGCUGUAAAGACCAUAACAGUUGCUGCCCACAUGAUUAUCCUGUCUGCAAUGUUAGAGCAGGCACCUGCUCAAUUAGCAAGAACAACCCACUAGGAGUCAAAGCAAUGCAGCACAUUCUUGCCAAACCUAUUGGUACCUUCGGAAAUGAGGGAAAGAAGAGCCCUUUUUCUUGAAAAUGUCUCAAGCUAGAAUGCUGUGGGAUGAGAGAGCAAAUUUGAGCCAAUGGAGAAUGUAGAAGUUCAUGCUACGGCUUGAUGUCUCUCAUUUGGUACACUGAAUUUGCAAAACCUCAUUUCCAGCUGAAAGUUAGGUGAUCCAAACAAAGAUGGCUGAUGAUGAUUUCUGUAUAGUGCUUCUUUAGUGCUUGAAAUGCACUAAAACAAGAUUGAAGAAGAGAUUAUUAUUCUGCUAUUUCUGAUUUAUGUAAAUAGUCCUUAUUAUUCCUUCAUCAGGAUGAUUAAUGUGCUACUUUCACCAAUGCAGUUUAUUAUUCCAUGUGGUGCAAUUGUACUUUCCUUUCACUAAUAAUACCAAAAGACUAUAAUUUCCACCUUUCAAGA